AUGCCAAGCUUCUAUGGCGAAACGGUAGCACGGGAGGGAGACAUGGUGAAUGUGAAAUUCGUGUGCAAGACACUGGAUGGUGAGGUGCUUCAUGCAUCUGGCAAUGAUGAUGUGUUGACCUUUGAAGUUGGUGCUGGGAACUUCGUUGGAAAUCCUCUCUUCAAGGGUUUUGAUGAGGCCGUGAAGGGAUUGGCAGUUGGCCAAAGCCGCACAGUACAGUCAGCACCAAUGGCAAAGACCGAUGAAAUGAUCUUCCGAGUACCCAAGGACCAUGAGGAGAUUCAGAGACUCACGAAAGAGCAAGGAGGAGAGCUCAAAGCGGGAGCUGUUGUUGUGCUUGCGAACGGCGGCCCUGCUGAGAUUCUAGAGGUUGGCAAGGACUUUGUUGUGAUUGAUGCAAACCAUCCUCUGGCUGAGCAAAUUAUUGAGUUCGAAGUGGAGCUGGUCUCCAUCAGUGAGCACAGCAUCCCUUAG